UGGGAGGAGCAUGUUGAUUGUGUCGGAUCAGGGAGGAGAGCCAAAGAAGACCGGAGCCAGCGGGUCGGUGAUGGGGAAUAAGAGCCAGCCAAUCGGGUAAUAUAAGGGGAGAAUUUGCAGUUGGGAAACUCAAACCAAACAUCACAUCAGGAUCUGACCAAGUCCCCCAAAUUAAGUAAGCUGAAUAUCAUCGCAUUUUGAACAUGGAAGGAAAAAGCACCGUUCAUGCUAUGGAGAAACCAUGGAAAUGUCCGGAUUGUCGGAAGGGAUUCAGUUACCCAUCUGCGCUGGAAAUUCAUCGACGCACUCACACUGGGGAGAGACCAUUCACCUGCUCCAAGUGUGGGAAGGGAUUCACUGAUUCAUCCACCCUGCUGAAACACCAGCGAGUUCAUACUGAUGAGAAACCUUUUCAAUGUCCAGACUGCGGGAAACGUUUUAAAAGUUCCAGAAAUCUGAUGUACCAUCAACGUCUUCACACUGAUGAGAAGCCGUUCAGGUGCUCUCACUGUGGGACUGGAUUCAGACGAUCGUCUCAACUCAUUGUACACCAGCGAACUCACACUGGGGAGAGACCGUUCACUUGCUCAGAGUGUGGGAAGGGAUUCACUCAAUCAUCUGACCUGCUGACACACCAGCGAGUUCACACUGGGGAGAGACCGUUCACCUGCUCAGAGUGUGGGAAGGGAUUCAUUCAGUUAUCCCACCUGCUGACACACCAUCAACGUGUUCACACUGAUGAGAGGCAUUUUAAAUGCCCAGACUGCGGGAAAGGCUAUAUAAGUUCCCAGGAGCUGAUGUCCCAUCAACAUGUUCACACUGACGAGAAACCGUUCAAGUGCUCUCACUGUGGGACUGGGUUCAAGCGACCAUCUGAACUCACUGUACACCAGCGAAUUCACACUGGGGAGAGACCAUUCUCCUGCUCAGAGUGUGGCAAAGGAUUCACUCAGUCAUCGGCACUGCGUACACACCAGCGGCUUCACACUGGAGAAAGGCCGUUUAUCUGCUCUGACUGUGGGAAAGGAUUCGCUGAUUCAUCCAAUCUGCUGACACACCAGCAAGUUCACACUGGAGAGAGGCCAUUUAAGUGCCCAGACUGUGGGAAGUGCUAUAAAAGUACCAGGGGACUGAUGCUCCAUCAGCAUGUUCACACUGACGAGAGACCGUUCAGGUGCUCUCACUGUGGGACUGGGUUCAGGCGAUCAUCUCAACUCACUGAACACCAGCGAAUUCACACUGGGGAGAGGCCGUUCACUUGCUCCAUAUGUGGGAAGGGAUUCACUACCUCAUCCAACCUACUUGGACAUCAGCGAAUUCACAAGAAACUACAGUGAUUGGAUUUUUCUGUUAAUCACAUCCAGGACUGAACCAUGUUCACUGGGGUCUGU